CAUUACUCUUUAGAUCUCCCUUGAAGAGGGCUGGUAUAUUUGUGCCUGCUGGAGGUGGAAUUAACAGUAAGAAGGAGAAAGGGAUUGAAUGGACUUACAGGAAGGUUUUCAAGGAAAUUCAGGGAAACACAUUUACUUGAAUAGUACAACCUUGAGUCUUAUUUUAUACCAAGACGACACAAAAGAUGUUAAAGUUAUCACCAAGCUGCCGGACAAAUAUAUAUCCCAACACCAAGGUGCAGAUGAGCAUAGAUCUGUGAUUCAGAAGUCAGGAUCUGUCUUGGAAAGAACUCAAGGGUUGAGAAGAACUCAAGAACAAGUGAAGAUAACUUUGGAAAUACAGUUCAUCAGAAGAUCAACUCUCCUUAAUUCAAAUACCAAAGGCCUGAUUAUCAUAAAUUCUUAUAGGAAUGCAUAGGUCAUCUGAUCAAAUCAUACUAGCCGUCUUCUACACCAAUGCAGCAAAAACUCUUAACAACUGUGGAUAAUUGGAAAUCUGAGUUUCAGCUUUCUUAGGAAUAACUACUCUUGACAUAUUCCAAAAUAUUUAAAAUAAGGCAGGAAAGUCAGUGAAGAUGUUGUGUCCAGAGAUGUCACUGUCAUGAAGAAUAGGUAAAUUUGUUUUUUCAGCUACUGGGAAAGUGUAUCUCCUAGGAACUUUUUUUUUUUUUUUUUUUUAAAGGAGAACAAGAAGGACUAAAAAUACCAACUUUUGCUUUUGGACAAAAAUGCAUCUGACUGUAUUUUUACUUAGGGGUAUUGUGGGUUUCCUCUGGAGCUGCUGGGUUCUAAUGGGUUGUGCGAAAGGAGGUCUGGGAGACAAUCAUGUUCACUCCAGUUUUAUUUAUAGAAGACUACGGAACCACGAAAGACGGGAAAUACAGAGGGAAAUUCUCUCUAUCUUAGGUUUGCCUCACAGACCCAGACCAUUUUCACCUGGAAAACAAGCUUCCUCUGCACCUCUCUUUAUGCUGGACCUGUACAAUGCUAUGGCCAACGGAGAAAAUCCCGAGGAGCUGGAAUACUCAGUGAGGGCUUCCCUGUCAGGGGAGACCAGAACAGCAAGGAAGGGGUACCCAGCCUCUCCCAAUGGGUAUCCCCGUCGCAUCCAGUUAUCUCGAGCAGCUCCCCUGACCACGCAGAGCCCCCCUCUAGCCAGCCUACACGAUACCAACUUCCUGAAUGAUGCUGACAUGGUCAUGAGCUUUGUCAAUUUAGUUGAAAGAGACAAGGAUUUUUCCCACCAGCGAAGGCAUUACAAAGAAUUCCGGUUUGAUCUUACUCAAAUUCCUCAUGGAGAAGCAGUGACAGCAGCUGAAUUCCGGAUAUACAAGGACCAGAGCAACAGUCGAUUUGAAAAUGAAACAAUUAAGAUUAGCAUAUAUCAGAUCAUCAAGGAAUACGCAAAUAGGGAUGCAGAUCUGUUCCUGUUAGACACACGAAAGGCCCAAGCUUUAGAUGUGGGCUGGCUUGUCUUUGAUAUUACUGUGACCAGCAAUCACUGGGUAAUUAAUCCACAGAACAAUUUGGGCUUACAGCUCUGUGCAGAAACAGGAGAUGGACGUAGUAUCAACGUUAAAGCUGCCGGUCUUGUGGGAAGACAUGGGCCUCAGUCAAAACAGCCAUUCAUGGUGGCCUUCUUCAAGGCAAGUGAGGUACUUCUCCGAUCUGUGAGAGCAGCCAACAAACGGAAAAAUCCAAACCGUAAUAAAUCCAGCUCUCAUCAGGACCCCUCCCGAGUGUCCAGUGCUGGAGAUUAUAAUACAAGUGAACAAAAACAAGCCUGUAAGAAGCAUGAACUCUAUGUGAGUUUCCGGGAUCUGGGAUGGCAGGAUUGGAUUAUAGCACCGGAAGGAUAUGCUGCAUUUUACUGUGAUGGAGAAUGUUCUUUUCCACUCAAUGCCCAUAUGAAUGCCACCAACCAUGCCAUAGUUCAGACACUGGUUCAUCUGAUGUUUCCUGACCACGUACCAAAGCCUUGUUGUGCUCCAACCAAAUUAAAUGCCAUCUCUGUGCUGUACUUUGAUGACAGUUCCAAUGUUAUUUUGAAAAAAUACAGAAAUAUGGUAGUGCGCUCAUGUGGUUGCCAUUAAUAUUGAAUAAUAAUGAUGAUAAGGAAAAGAUCUGUAUUAAGGUUUAUGACUACAAUAAAAGUUACUUUCAGACAAAAGGGGAAUUUCAUAAAAUUAGUCUGACUCAUUUCAUCUCUCUACCUAUGUACAAUAUCAUGUAUAUAGUCCCUUUUAUUUAUUUAAAGGCAUUAUAUUCUUUUUUGUGGAUGCCUUAUCAAUAAAAUCUAUUUUAUAGUUAGUACAUUAUACAAUAGAUCACCCAGCCUAACUUUCAAUGGGAUAUGCUAAGUCCAAUUCAAUUCCAUUUCACCAUUUUUCUUUAAUACACAUCUUCUUUAAUUUUCUGAAAUUAGAACUCUCAUGUUAAAUAUGGUUAAAGGAAAUGAAUGCAUUUGGUUAUGUUGUGCCAAUGAAAACUGAUAGGAUAUUGAUUUAGGAAUAAAACUUACAAAAAGUAACAACCCGAACAAGAAUGCUUGGAUAAACAUAAUUUUUCUUUUAGAGUCUCUGCUUCAUUAGAUAAAGUGAACUGUGGAACUGGAUUUGAAUAAAUAAACAGCAGGCAGAAAACGGAAGCUGAAAGAUUGCACAUAAUUGUUAUAACUGUUUGCUCUAACAGAACUGGUGUAAGUGUAGGAGCGUGCUCCUUCCUGGCUUGUGGACUGUAGAUUUUGCAAAGAGCUCAAAGCUCAAAGCUACAGGAAUUCUGUGAAGACAGGCUUGAGCCUGUGUCCGUAACUUUCCAAGUUAACACUAAAAAAUGGUAGUACAACCUUCUUACCUCAAAUAAAUCAUGUCUGCCUAUUAUCUAGAACACUACUGCUGCAGAUUUUUUUUUCAGUUUUAAAACAGUCCAAAAUAAAGAAACAUUUACAUGCUCUCCACUUCCCUCCCCACAGACCUUACAUGCAUAAAAGACACGAGAGCGAGGAUGCCGACACAGCCAUUUUCUUUAGCUCUUCUUUAUGUAGCUGAGGUUGCUGAUUGAUGGGAUGCAAGGGACUUUACUUAGGGUGAAAGCACUGAAACUGAACUGGAGGAAAUUACCAAAAAUCCCAGAAUGGCUUUGACAGAAUUGCCAUUUUGAAAGAACAGCUGAAAUCCAUUUUUCAUAUCUUUGAGAAUGAGCUCAAGGAAAACCUUACUUUGUAAGGGGAUUUUGUAAACUUUCCUCCAAGCACAAGUAACUCCAAAAGAGAAGGUUUUGUUGUAUGUAUGUGCAUGUAUGUUCUUCCCUCUGAAAUUAAUUUAUUUUCUCUGUUUCUCUCUAUGCCUUUUAAGGCUGUUCUUUAACACACACUGACUUUUGGGAAAAUGCCAUUUAGAUGGGUAACUUGCUGCAAGCACACCUCAUUUUAUUGCGCUUCUCUGUGUUGUGCUUGCAGAUACUGCUUUCUUUACAAAUUGAAGGUUUGUGGCAACCCUGCAUGGAGCAAGUCGAUGGCCCCCGUUGUUCUAACAACAUUUGCUCACUUCCUGUCUCUGUGUGUCACGUUUUGUUAAUUCUCAUAGUAGUUCAAACCUUGUCAUUUUUAUAUUUGUUAUGGUGAUGUGUGAUUGGUGAUCACAACCACCAGAUGAUGGUUAGCAUUUUUUAGGAAUAAAGGGUUUUUUAAUUAAGGUGUAUACAUUAUUUUUUAGACACAAUCCUAUUGCACACGUAUAGUGCAAGCAUAACUCUUAUAUGCACUGGGAAACCAAACAUUUCAUUUGGCUCGCUUUAUUGUGAUAUUCACUUUGUUGUCAUGGCCUGAAACUGAAACUGCAGUAUUUCUGAACUAGGCUUGUAUUUAUGGUGGCUCUGCGGUUAGGCUUAUUUACAGUUGAUCUAAAAUAGUCAUAAAGCACCACUUACUAAUUACUCUUUUGGGCCUUUAAAAUAAAAUUUAUACCAUAGAUAGCUUCAAAAACAUUAUGGGUUUGUUUGUAAUUCAGGUAUAAAGCAAUGUUGUUUUAAAAUACAGUUUAUCUUAAAGAAAAUUUGAUAAUAACUAUAUUGGGGUGCAUUAAGUAAUAUAUUUUUUAAUUAAUGGUGUACCAUUGUAAGAGUAAGAAAUGGAAGUCUAUUAUAUUAUUCUUUAAAUGUGCUGUUUAAAUAUGUUUCUAUAUUUUAAAAUAUAUUAAACU